CCCUCCUCUCUGUUUCGUACAAAACCAUCUCCUUGGUCACCGAACCCUCGGGAUACAGUCGCCAUUGGAGCUAACUGAGAACUCGACGAAGGGAUCGAGGCUUACAGAGAACCGAAACUUCCAUUUUCCUCCUUCUGCUCCUCGCCUACACGAAACCAUUGAGGAAGAUUUAGGUUAAAUCCUGCUCUAAACCCGUUUCCAGACAGGUCCUUUCGAGAUCGAGGGCAUUCUUUUUCGGACAACCCCUGUUUUGAUUACUGCUAUUUGAAGUAAAUGGAGCGCUUCAGUUCCCAGCUAUACGAAAAAUAUAUCAAUCUCAAGAAGAGGAGGUUCUCUGAAAUUGAAGAGAGUAAUAAAAAAAUAAUCUCUGAGACAUUGCAAUAUCAGUCAGCCAGUGAUCAUCUCAUAGAAGAUUUGAAAAAUGAAAAUGACAAUCUGCGUGAGAUGAUAGUGUCCUUGCUGGAGCAAUACCAAGAGAGCCAGAAGCUUCUGCUUCAAGAGAGACAGAAAACAAAAUCACUCUCCAUUGAAGUUGGGACACUUAAAGAGAAAUUAGCACAGAAGAAUGAUAAUGUAGGAAGUACACCUUCGGGUUCUCUCUGUGGAAAUGCUAGCAUCAGGUUAGAGCACACAAAUGGACGCUUACCCAUGAACAACUCUCCAGAUACACCAUCAGGAGUGAAGCCAGUUCAAAGUGAAAAUGCUGCUGUCAUUCUCCAUGAAAUUGAUAAUGAGAAUAGAUUGGUGCCAGACUGUUGCAGAAGAGCCAAGACAAAUUAUGCUGAUGGAAGUUGUAGCCCUUGCGCAUUUCAUACUCUUGUGGAGCAACUAGUAGGCAUGAAAGUUUCUGUGGAAUGCCAAACUGAAGGACUAUUCUUCUCAGUUAUCCAUCAAAUGAGUGGUUAUAAUUUCACUUUGAGCUGGAUAAGGGGCAACGAUGAACGCGAGCAGAUGUUGUUUUACCGUGUUUCUUCACUGGGAACUUUAGAGAAUAUAGCUCAUGAAUGGAUGAAAGAUGAUAUGAUUUUCAGCUUGGCCAUGUGCCCUGUUUUCUUUGAUAGAUUAUCUAGAGUUGUUGGCCAUAAACGCUAGUGCGUUUUUUUUUUUUACUUUUUAUUUUAUUUUGUUUCAUUUUUUGAGAGGUGAAGGAUGCUAGAAAUGCAGGACUUUCAAAACUCAUUGGUGGGUGAUUGCUUAAU